AUGAAAGACUGUAGACUAAUUGAUGAGCUUGAGCUUCCACUUAAGAGCUUUCAAAACUUUCUUGAUGCUGCAACUCAUGCAGUAAACCAGGGUCUCCACCUUUAUCUUUCUUCCUUUGUGUGCCCUUUUGUAGGUGAUUGGCCAGCACAGUUCUUCAUGAGACAGGUUCAAUAUAACCUCCCCAGUUUUGCUCCUUUGUCUUUACAAAAUAUUGUUCCUUUCAUUGGUCCCUUGCACAUUCAACUAAAUGCAAGAGAAUCUGUUUGUCUACUCAAUAUCGAGUUUUUCAAAAAGGCCUUUUCCUUCAUCUUUGGUGCUAGGAAACACCUUUCAAAUAAACCAAAAGCAAGUCGAAUUUCUUUAAUCGAGGAGAUACUUUAUGGUGGUUGGACAUCAAUCAGAGAGCAAGUUACUGUAGCUUUCUCAAACUGCAAAGACCUACAGUACUUAGCCCUUUUAAAUCUGUUAGAUAAUUAUCUUCCUGUUGUCCUUUCUAUCUAUUCUGUCAUCUUUAAAAGGCAAAACACAGAGGAGUAUGCCACAUCACUUCUCAGGUGUUGGAUAAUGUUCUUUUGCUAUAAACGACACCACUACAAUAAGGCACCAUUAAUUUGGCUGAGCAAUUUCAUGCAUUGGAAGAAUCAAGAUCAUCCUCUUUUCAACACACUGAUGACAAAUCUUAAUGCAUUUGAUGAGUACCCUGUGGAAAAUUUCCAUUCCAUACUGCGAGCUCAGUCAAGCCAUAGCGACAGUGGUGAUCUUCUGCGCCAAAAAGCAAGAGCAUUUGACAACACCAAAGCCACUUCAGCAAAAUUUUCAUCUGUUUUUGAAGUUCCAAAAAAAUACACCUUCAGCAGAUCAAAACUGGAAAGAAUUAAAUUGGAUGCCGCCAAAUUCAUUUGCAGCAUUUUGAAGCAAAUUGCCCAAAAUCCCAAUUCUGGAUAUCAGGUGCCUCGACCAGCUAGGAAAGCAAAAAAUAUGACAUACUGGAAACUGCCUGUACUUUAUGGAGAAGACACAGUUGUAGCAUCCAAGGUCCUUCCGCUUGGAUUCCAGUUUCUCAACAAGGAACCAAAUCCAAGCAGGCGAUGCGACCUACCUAAUUGUGUGCAACCAUCCAUCAAUACAAGCAUGAAAAUUCUCCAUGGUUGUGGGCACUCCUUUCAUCCGGAAUGCUUUCCUUCUGGCCCUGGCAUUUGUAGCAUUUGCAAAGAUAAGUUGGUUGAUGCGAUCAAAGUUUUAUCUGAAGCUGCAUCAGCAUCCAUUCUCAAUCCAGACUCGGUGCCAAUUGUUGGUGAUCGCGAUAACGACGAUAAAGAAAAGGGUGACGAUGGUGAGGAAGAGUUUACUACCGACGAAAAAGGCUGUGAUCCCGCAACCAUUGCUGACGCCUUCCUCGAGUUAAAAAGAGAGAUAUUUACAUGGGGCCUUAUUCCAGGACCAGAAGCUUAA